AUGGAGGAAUGUAUAGUUCAAGGCAUAGUACAAGGGAUUGGGAUGAUCCUCGGGAGUAUUGGCGUGGUUCUAACUGUUGCUGUCUGCGCAAUGCCAAGCUGGAAAGUUUCCAUCGUGGGAGAAGGCACUGGUUACGGAAACCGCAUUGGUGGACAGUGGAUUAGUCGCUGGGAUGGACUAUGGGAGACCUGCGUGCGCCAGACCAACUCUCCUAUAUCCUGCUACAGUAAUUCAGAAUCUUUGUCGUUGACGCCUGAUUUGAAAGCUUCUAGAAUUCUGAUGUCUCUUGCUGUGCUGAUAGUACUGUUUGCGUUCCUCAACUCCCUGAUUGGCAUUUUCUUCAAUAAAUGCUGCAGGCAGGACAGGCGGAACCAGAACUGCUUGAUGCUGAUAGCUGGGAUUAGCUAUAUCCUGGCUGGGAUUUUUGUGUUAAUACCAGUCACCUGGACAGCAGCUAAUAUCUUGAGGGAUGUUUGCUUUACUACUUGUAAAUCUAUUCAGCAGCAGGAGAUUGGUGAAGCUAUUAUGCUUGGGUGGCCAACUGUUUUGUUUCUUUUCAUAGGUGGAUCAAUAUUAUGUUGGUAUCACGCCUGUGUUUGUAGAGAGAGGAAAGAUACUUACACCUCUCGUUCAUCCCGGCCGGAAAGCGAACGCUGUCCAGAAGAAGAUCUGCUGGGAGAAGAGCUCCACGUAUAUAGAUGUUCCAGAAAUUCUAGUACCACUGAAUAG